AUGAUGGCAUCCCUACCUGAAUUGACCUCAACUCCAAAGUACCACUACCAACAGGACUUCAACUUAUAUGUCAAACCACUAAAGCAAACAAAAAUCGCAAACAUCAAACUACCAUCUAUAAAUGAAAUUUUGAAAAUUUCUGACCAGAACAAUAAUCUUGUCUCUGCCGACGAUUCUAAUGCAUCUGACCAAUUUUCUCUUCCCACUCCAUUGCCUUCGUCUCCAUUGUUUUCAAACAGAAGCUCCUCUCCUUGUUCUCUCAGUAACUACUCAUUAAAUCAAUCUGUUGAUAUUAACAAUACUCAAAAUAGCAACAAUCUUCUGAUUGAUAACAAAGAAGAUAUGUCUGCAGACAAAAGCGAAAACAACAGCGAAAACAACAGCGAAAACAAAAGUAAAAACUGCUACAACAAUUACCAUUGUAACUACCAUUACAACCAUGCCAGCUAUUACAAUCAAACUUUUCUUCCCUACGAUUAUAAAAAUAAUUACCCCCAAUACGAUUUAUAUCAACCAUCUUUGCCCUCUUAUUUAUCCGAUGCUCAAGCCAUUCACACUCUAACUUCUUUGUCUCUAUCUUCAAUCAAUUCCUCCAUCUUUCCAAACUCUACAAAUAUUUCCAAAAUCGCUUCCGACUCAAUUCCCGUUUCCAAUAAUGGCAAAACAAAAAAAGUUUCAAAUGCCAACAAAAUAAGCAAGGAAUCGUCUUUGUCUUCCUCAAGGCUUCAAAGGAGAAAGAGAAGUAACUUACCCAAAAAAACAACUGAGAUUUUGCUAACGUGGUUGAAUAAUAACUUGAGCAACCCUUACCCCAAUUCAAAAGAAAAAUUCGAAUUAUUGAACUAUACAGGCUUAACCCACCAGCAAUUAAGCAACUGGUUUAUCAAUGCUAGAAGAAGGAAAUUAAAUCAAUUAAGAAAACAGUCGGUUGAAUACUUAUAA